UUCAAUUUGCAAUGUACUAUGGGUAAACAAACCCUACACAUCCAUCGAAGAAGAACUUCUCGAAAGAACUUUCAGCAUUCCAGCCGAUAAAGCUAAUCAACAGAAAGAGUAGAACGAUUUAGGAGCAAAUAAGGGAACAUCGACAUUAAUAUUCUCGGUAUUAUUAGUUUGACAGCUGAUUUUUCUUGCUUGGAGACAAAGCGGAACUCGGUCAAAAUGGCGGAUUGCGUGACAAAAGUAGAACUGCACAUUUCUUGUAGAGGUUUACUCGACAAGGAUGCAAUGUCCAAAUCAGAUCCUAUUGCUGUUUUGCAUAUGCAGGAUAACAGUGGAAGGUGGUACGAGUUUUCAAGAACAGAAAGAGUUAAAAACAAUCUGAACCCGGAUUUUUCAAAAGCCAUAUCAGUGGAUUACUACUUUGAGCUUGUCCAGAAGUUGAAGUUUUCUGUUUUUGAUGUUGACAAUGCCACAAAGCAGCUCGAUGAUGAUGAUUUCUUGGGUUCCAUAGAAUGCACUCUGGGACAGAUUGUAUCGAAGAAAUCAUUCACUAAACACUUGGAAAUCAAGGGGAGACAAGUAGGAACAAUAACGAUCUAUGCUGAGGAGAUGAAAGGAGCAAAUGAAAUAGUAAAACUAACGUUCCGAGCAACCAAUUUAGAUAAUAAGGAUUUUAUGGGAAAAUCUGAUCCAUUUUUAGAGUUAUUGAAACUCAAGCCUGAUGGUGGAACACUACUAGUGCACAGAACAGAGGUUAUCAAGAAUAAUCUGAAUCCCACAUGGAAGGUGUUUAGCCUUCCUAUCCAGUCGUUGUGUAGUGCAGACUAUGAUGCAACAAUUAGGAUAACUGUGUUUGACUUUGACGAGGGGGACGCGCAUGACUUGAUUGGUUUCACAGACACUUGUCUAAGGGCCCUUCUUGCAGCUAAAGAUGGCGGGUCUGGCUUAGACCUGAUAAAUCCAAAGAAGAAGGCGAAAAAGAAGAAGUAUGUCAACUCUGGUGUUUUAUAUAUCAGCGGCUGUGAGGUUAUCCACCAUAACACCUUUUUGGAUUACGUGAUGGGAGGCUGUCAAAUCAACUUUACGGUUGGAGUUGAUUUCACUGCGUCUAAUGGCAAUCCCAGUACUCCCCAGUCUCUGCAUUACAUCAACCCUUACGAGCCCAAUGAGUACGUCAACGCGCUUGUGUCUGUUGGUGAAGUCUGCCAAGACUAUGACACGGACAAGCUUUUCCCUGCCUUUGGGUUUGGAGCGAAGAUACCACCGAAUUUCCAGGUGUCACAUGAGUUUGCCCUUAACUUCAACCCAUCAAAUCCUUACUGUGAAGGUAUCCCCGGCGUCGUUGCCGCCUACCAGGCGUGUAUUCGGCAAGUGCAGCUGUACGGCCCUACUAAUGCGUCCCCUAUCAUCAACCAUGUGGCAUCCUUCGCGCAGAGGGCAGCACAAGAUGGCACUGCCGGGGCGUACUUCGUGCUGCUGUUGAUCACUGACGGCGUCCUGUCCGAUAUGGAGGCCACCAAGUUGGCCAUCGUGCGUGCCUCUCGGCUGCCCAUGUCCCUCAUCAUCGUCGGUGUCGGGUCAGCGGACUUCACUGAUAUGAACGAGCUGGACGCCGACGAGGGAACGUUACGCGCUGGUCACGAGCGGGCCGAAAGAGACAUCGUGCAAUUUGUGCCUUUUAGAGAUUUCAAAACGCAACCGCCGGCCAUGCUUGCCAAACAUGUGCUAGCCGAGGUCCCAAAGCAGGCCCAAGAGUACUUCAAUAGUCGCGGCAUCGCUCCCCUGAACCCCACGGGACCCCCUCCCCCCUCCCUGGCGGGUCUGUGAACCUGUCUACACCCUUGCCCAGGCUGGUCCUGAAAUGAAUGAAUUGAUGAAUGAAUAGUCGUCUGUCGUAGCCGUUUUUGCAUUGUCACAGGUGGCCCAGAAGUAUUUGGUAACAAAUUUUGCACAAUUAUAAAUGGUAUAUUACGGUCGCAUAGGUUAUAUUCCACAGAGUUGUAGAAGCCAAAUUGAACCCUAGGUACCUCUAUCGGUAAAAAUCCUGCUUAUUUUUGUCUCAUAUUUUUUCGGCUCGACUGGAAGCUAACAAUUGCAACGUAACGUAUUGUCUUUAAAUAUCACUUAUUCACGCUAGUAUACGCACAGGUAGCCCAGGUAAUGGUUUUGAAGCUUGUUCGUAGCUUGGAAUCGGCUGAUCUUAGAGGUAAAACAAGUGGAUUGAAGUAGUGAUUUUUUGUGAACUGUUGCCAAUAAAAUUGCCUUAAAACAUG